CGUCACUAAAAAAAAUUACUUGCCUUCAAACAGCAGUCACGUUAUCCUAUGUUGCCUUACCAAAAGCCUGUCGUAUCCCGUUGUCGUUUUUGAUAUUUUGUUUGGCCUUCCGUCUCCUUGUUCCUUUUUCCGACCAUGGCGCUUCGAUCAUUUGCUUCGACCCUCGUGGGAAAAUCGUUCACAACCCCCUUAACCACUCGAUGGGUGGCUGCUGCAACAUUCUCUACAACCGCUGCUCAGCGCCAGGCAGCUGCAACUUCUGAAUGGAAUCCCCAGUCGGUUCGCACCGGUGUUAUUGCUCGCAAAAAGGGCAUGACAUCGCUGUGGUCCGAGACCGGUGUGCGAUUACCUGUCACUGUUCUUCAGCUCGAAGACGUUAUUGUCACCGACGUUCGCACAAAAGAAAAGCAUGGUUAUACAGCACUGCAGAUCGGUUGUUCGGUCAAGAAAGAGAAAAACGUAUCAAAACCUGUAUUGGAACAUUUCAAAAAGCUCGGUGUCGGUCUUCGUCAGAAACUGGCCGAAUUCCGUGUUAGCGAAGACGCCACUCUCCCCAUCGGUACUGAAUUAAAUGCAAAUCAUUUCGUCGUUGGACAAUAUGUGGACGUGACAGCACCAUCGAUCGGUAAAGGUUUCGCUGGUGUGAUGAAGCGAUGGAACUUUGCUGGUUUACCUGCAUCCCAUGGUGUUUCAUUAACACAUCGUUCCGGUGGUUCAACUGGUCAACGCAAGUGGCCCAGUAAGGUGUUCAAGGGCAAAAAAAUGGCUGGUCGUCUUGGUGGUGAAAGUGUGACCACACAAAACUUGAAGGUUGUGAAGGUUGAUCCUUCCUUGAAUCUUGUAUAUGUCAAAGGCUCUGUUCCUGGUUUCGAUGAUCAAUUUGUGAAAAUCAAGGAUGCAGUGAAACUCAAGGGCGACAAACUAUUUCCUAAAGAAGCCAUUCCUCCUCCAUUUCCCACUGUAAUGCAAUAGAAUAAACUGUAAAGCCAUACUACUCAUACAUUUACAUUCAUUUUCUUACUGGCUGUUCACUUGCACACAUCAUCAGAAAAUGUUCAUUUCAACUGUUGUCGCAUACAUUAAUUUUGGGAAAAGCAUAGAAAGCAUGCACUGCCGAGCAAUGUGGUAUUUUAGGGUUAUAAAUGAUUUCUAUGUCUAUGAAUUUUGACUCCCCCAUGAAUACCCCAGACCAUGGUCGUAGUUUCUCCCGGAUCGCUUCGACAUGAUAUUAUGAUCAUUCAGUUUUGGCCAGAUUAUACUUGGACGCACUUAUUCCUUGAGCCAAUUCCCAAAGGGUCUUCAAGUUUUUCCGGAUAAUUU